GUUUUCCAGUAAAAAUUAAAAAGAAAGUAACGAUUGUGGUGGUUUCUUGGGUUUAACAGGAACAAUGGUUCAAUGCUGUUGAAUAAAACUGAUUGCAGGGAGAUGUAUCUUUUAAACACGUGAUAUAUUGUGAAUCUUGCAUCGUUUUCUUCCGUUCACCAGCUGUUCACGGGGUACAUGACAAUUUCAGUGAUGAAAGAUUGCAACCCUUUACUGUGCAAAUGAAAGUGAUCUGAAAUAUUACAGUUUAAAACAGAGUGCAACUAUGUCAAAUAUGUCAAAAACUCAGUUGAUCAACAGCGAUGCCAGUGCAAAUAUGAACUCUGCAAACUCCCACAUUGAACUUGUUCCAGGAGGUUCGGCCGAGACCGGCCCGGAUUCUGUGUCCUCCACCCACACACAGGUAACCAACUUGACCUCCACUAAAGUCAAUGGCCCCUCAACCUCCUCCUCCUCUUCCUCCCCAAGAGAGGAGAGACUAGCCCCUCCCAUAACUAGUGCAGAUCUUGACAGUCAGCCAGUCCAGAAUAUUUUGUCAUCGGUGUCUGUCCAAUCCACUUCUGGGGUAUGCCUGCAGGUAGAGCUGCAUGAUGGCACAGUGUAUAAUGUGGACUCGAAAGACAACCCGACAGUUGUAGAGGACUUGUGUAUUCAGCUGUUAAAACGCUAUUUCCCAAAGAUGGGACCUGCAGCUGUUCAGCUUUUUGGAUUGGUUUCCAUUGACAAGAAACAGAUACCCAAAAUGUUGUGGGUGAACCCUUGUAUCACCAUUGAGGAGUUGAAAAGGCACAUUUUGAACUCGCCAACAGCUGGUGGGAAAAACACUUUCUUUCUGAGAAUUCGUUAUGUUCCUGGGAGAAAGUUCCUACACAACUUGCCUGCCCUUGGGCCCGAAAUCUUGAAAUAUCUCUACCUUCAGUGUAAAGAUGAUUUUGUGAAAAGCCGACUGAGUGAUAUCUAUGAACAGGACAUAAGGAAUGAGGCUAAAGCCAGAGGUUAUGCUGUUCUCAGCAUUGUCAUUGCAAGUAAAAUGGAGGAAGAAGACUGUCAGGAUAUCCUUAACAAACAGAAACUAGAAGCUUUCCUGCCAUCCCAUCUUGUUGUGAGGCUCUGCAGAGGCUACCAAUUGAGAAAAAUAAUGAAAACGAAAACGGAAGAAUUCUUGGCUCAGCACAGCAAUACUAAAGUGGAGGAACUAUUGAUGGGAUAUAUCAAGGAUGUUCUGAAUGAGGUGCAGAGUUACGGAGUAGAGCGGUACGAGGCUAAGAAGGUAUCAGGAAGUCUGCGACCGGUUCACAUCACCCUGGACGUACAGCAGCACGAGGAAAAUGGCAACACCCAGUACAAAGGCCUGUUUAUUGACAAUGAGUUCUUUUCUUCAAUUGAUGAUUUCCGCUCUAUACAUAUAACACCUAAUCAUGCAGAUCAGAAGAAACUGUCAUGGAAUGUUCAUUUGGACAGAUCCAAUGGUUGCCCAGAGGUGUUGAGGUUUGACAAUAAGACAGUUGCAGAGUCAUUUGUCUCUGGUGUCAAUGGGUAUUAUCGCCUCAUUACUGACUAUUAUAUGAACCUCUCCCAGCAGAUGGAGCUGCCAUCACUACAGGAAAUCAACCGACUUAAAUGCCAUGGACCAAUCGAUACCAGCACAGCUGUACGAAAGUUAAAGACCAAAUAUCUGUCGGAUGAGUAUUAUAUACUGAAGCAGAGCAUGCAAGUCUUUGAUCAGCUGGCCAUCUUGUUUUGUUAUGGCGGACAAACCAGAAAGAGGUUGAUUGAUAAAAAAGAAAACAUGUACUGUCUGGAAGGAGAGAAUGAAGAAGAAUUUGAAGAAUUUGAAGACAUCAACUGCCUCAUAAAAUAUAUGGCUGAAACCAGAAACCUGCUUCCAAAACAUCCUAUCAAGGUCAAACCACAGCAAGAGCCUGUGGAUGUAUUGAGAAAACUGUUUGUGGAAGAGAUCAUCCCUGAUGAUGAUGAGGAGGCAGCCACGAACAAUCAAAGAAGGAAACCCUAUAUUAUCCUUCCUGAAGAGAUCAAGAUCAAGGAACUUAAUGUUUCCCUGCUAAAUGCUGAGGUUGACUGCAUGAGAACAGAGAAUGCUGAAAUGAUUGGCCUGGAAUGGAUUGUGGCAGAAACUGAAAUAAAACAAAUACUGGAAUGUAGGCUGGUCCCAGAAAGUGAUCUUCUGAGUGCUGGGUUGGACCCCAAUGAUCUGUCUCAUUUCAAAAGAUGUUUGGAUAAUCUGGAGGAAGAGAUGAUGAAAAAACAGAGAUAUGAUGUAGCACUGUCUCAUUGUAAAGGCAUGAAGGAGGUCUUUGAAGAAAGCAACUUGGAACAGCUGAAGAGUUUCCUAAAAUUGAAUGAUCUUGACAUUCUGAAGAUAGUGUUCUUUAGAAAAACAGUAAUGGCUUCCCCAACCCUUGUAACAGAAGACCCCCCGGGACCUUCAAUCAUUGGAUAUGGAGCAGACUCGCACAUUUCCCUGCUAAAUGCUGAGGUUGACUGCAUGAGAACAGAGAAUGCUGAAAUGAUUGGCCUGGAAUGGAUUGUGGCAGAAACUGAAAUAAAACAAAUACUGGAAUCUAGGCUGGUCCCAGAAAGUGAUCUUCUGAGAGCUGGGUUGGACCCCAAUGAUCUGUCUCAUUUCAAAAGAUGUUUGGAUAAUCUGGAGGAAGAGAUGAUGAAAAAACAGAGAUAUGAUGUAGCACUGUCUCAUUGUAAAGGCAUGAAGGAGGUCUUUGAAGAAAGCAACUUGGAACAGCUGAAGAGUUUCCUAAAAUUGAAUGAUCUUGACAUUCUGAAGAUGGUGUUCUUUAGAAAAACAGUAAUGGCUUCCCCAACCCUUGUAACAGAAACCCCCCCGGGACCUUCAACCAUUGGAUAUGGAGCAGACUCGCACAAAUGUCAGCCCCUAAGGCCAAUGCUGUCCCCUACAUUACCUUCAGUGAAUGCUGCUUUCAUUCCUCCUGCGCCUUUCAUGCCAAGUCCAAGUCGUGCCUCACUGAAUACGGAAAGCCUGAGUAACAAAGCUACUGGGGUCUAUAACCGGUCCCUGCCAGAACUCCCGUUAGAUUUCAAAUACAUCAUCAGCUCCCGCAGACUGCAAAUUCAGGAGAAGCAACUAGGAUCUGGGCACUAUGGUGUUGUGAAAGAGGGUAUGCUUUUUGCCAGCCAAGAUGACCGAUCAAAUCCACAAAAGAUAGCAGCAAAAGAGUUGAAGGGGGAUUUCCGGAAUGUUAUUGACAGUGAAGAAUUCAAAGAAGAGGCUGUGCUGAUGUCUAAACUGGAGCACGAUAACGUGGUCAAGUUUUUGGGAAUCAGCGACAACAUGUUGAUCCUAGAGUAUGUUGAAAAAGGAGCCCUGAACAUGUACCUUAGAAAAUUUAGGAAACAGAACACCUACCUUCCUGUGUGGAGAUUGAUGAAGAUGAUAAGUGACGUGGCUCAGGGAAUGGCCUACCUAGCCAGUAUGAGAGUCAUCCAUUGUGAUUUGGCAGGAAGAAACGUUCUGUUGACUGAUAAACUGGUGGCCAAGAUUACAGACUUUGGGUUGGCAAAGAUUUUGCAAAAAGAUGAGGACUAUUACACGAGAUCCACUGGCAAAGAACUCCCUUUGAUGUGGUGUUCUCCGGAGAGUAUUGCCAACCGAAAAUUCACAACCAAGGGGGACAUUUGGAGCUACGGUAUUCUGAUGUGGGAGGUCUUUACUCACGCCAAGCCACCGGUUCUGUGCAGCAAUUUCUCCAAGGAGGGAUUCAAAAAAUUGGAGGAGGGAAAACGCCUUAAGAGACCAACCCACUGUCCAGAAUUGGUUUAUCAAUUCAUGGAGAAGUGCUGGAAAUUCAAGCCAGAAGAAAGGCCAGAUUUCAAUGAGGCUUGUCAGAGUUGCAGGGAGUUUGCAAAAAUUUACCCGGAACCAGUGGUAGAACAAAGGGUGCCAGUUUCCCUGCUAAAUGCUGAGGUUGACUGCAUGAGAACAGAGAAUGCUGAAAUGAUUGGCCUGGAAUGGAUUGUGGCAGAAACUGAAAUAAAACAAAUACUGGAAUGUAGGCUGGUCCCAGAAAGUGAUCUUGUGAGUGCUGGGUUGGACCCCAAUGAUCUGUCUCAUUUCAAAAGAUGUUUGGAUAAUCUGGAGGAAGAGAUGAUGAAAAAACAGAGAUAUGAUGUAGCACUGUCUCAUUGUAAAGGCAUGAAGGAGGUCUUUGAAGAAAGCAACUUGGAACAGCUGAAGAGUUUCCUAAAAUUGAAUGAUCUUGACAUUCUGAAGAUAGUGUUCUUUAGAAAAACAGUAAUGGCUUCCCCAACCCUUGUAACAGAAGACCCCCCGGGACCUUCAACCAUUGGAUAUGGAGCAGACUCGCACAUUUCCCUGCUAAAUGCUGAGGUUGACUGCAUGAGAACAGAGAAUGCUGAAAUGAUUGGCCUGGAAUGGAUUGUGGCAGAAACUGAAAUAAAACAAAUACUGGAAUGUAGGCUGGUCCCAGAAAGUGAUCUUCUGAGUGCUGGGUUGGACCCCAAUGAUCUGUCUCAUUUCAAAAGAUGUUUGGAUAAUCUGGAGGAAGAGAUGAUGAAAAAACAGAGAUAUGAUGUAGCACUGUCUCAUUGUAAAGGCAUGAAGGAGGUCUUUGAAGAAAGCAACUUGGAACAGCUGAAGAGUUUCCUAAAAUUGAAUGAUCUUGACAUUCUGAAGAUGGUGUUCUUUAGAAAAACAGUAAUGGCUUCCCCAACCCUUGUAACAGAAGACCCCCCGGGACCUUCAACCAUUGGAUAUGGAGCAGACUCGCACAAAAAUCCUGAAUUAGAUGUGGACAAAAUUAUAGUUCCCCUGCUAAAUGCUGAGGUUGACUGCAUGAGAACAGAGAAUGCUGAAAUGAUUGGCCAGGAAUGGAUUGUGGCAGAAACUGAAAUAAAACAAAUACUGGAAUGUAGGCUGGUCCCAGAAAGUGAUCUUCUGAGUGCUGGUUUGGACUUUGAUAAUCUAGAUCAUUUCAAAAGAUGUUUGGAUACACUAGAGGAAGAGAUGAUGCAAAAACAGAGAUAUGAUGUAGCACUGUCUCGUUGUCAAGGCAUGAAGGAGGUCUUUGAAGAAAGCAACUUGGAACGGCUGAGGAGUUUCCUAAAAUUGAAUGACCUUGACAUUCUGAAGAAGGUGUUCUAUAGGUCAUGGUUGUUACCAGUGAAUUAAUAUACAGGGUUUUACAAAAAUGAAUGCCUAUAUUGCCAAAUGGUUAUAGCGGUGGCCGCUCCCUACUGAACAUUUUCGGAAUCUCAGACACCAGACAGAGGACUUCGGACUGCGGACCUUUUAGUUGAGGGGACAUGUCAAACACGAAAAUUGAAGAAAAUAUGUGUUCAAAAAAUUGUUUUCAUUGAACUUAAUUUUUGACUUCGGGUGCGUUGUUUAUAAGAAUAAGCAUGUUGAUUUCUUUCAAUUAUGAUAUUUUUAAAGACUAAUUUCACGUAAUUUAAGGUACACGUAUAUAAUGUAUAAUAUUUUUAUGUUUUCGAAGUAAUUUCAAGAUAUUCCAUAAUGAUACUUGACGACAUAUUUGACCGAAACGUUAUCAAUGUUUAAAAAAAUACCGCAAAAUUGUUUAUACAUAUUAUAACAAGUAGAGGAAAUGUAUCCCUUUUUAAUGGAAUUAAAAAAUAUACAGGAAA